UUUACCCCGAUCCCCACCAUCCACCCCAUGCACAGAGGACUGGUGUGAGCUUCUGGGGAGCCCGGUGCGAAGGCAGGAGGUUUUUGCCAGGUUACCCUCCGCCAGCAAACAUGGACCCGGAUGAAGCGCAUUUUGGGGGUCUCCACUCAUUGGGCGCGACGUCUAUCAUCGGAGCAGAGGACGAGGACUUUGAGAAUGACAUUGAGCCGAGCGUAGAAGACCAGAGCAGCCCGUUCCAGAGUAUCGAGCACGUGAAGGCGCACCCGGCCUACAUCAUGGUGUUCCUUCAGCAUGUGGUGCUUCAGUUUGAUCCCAGCCCGUUGCUCUGUUACCUGCAUGCGGACAUCCUGAAGAGCCUUUCGGCCAAAGAGGGGAAGAAGUUUUUCCUGGACUUCCACUAUACCUUUCUGAUGAAAGGAGCGGUCCUACGCGUUUCGGUGCCCAGCAACAUUUCCUUUGAUCUAGAUCGCACGCGACCCGACCUCAUCCCGGAAGAGACGCAGAAAAAGUACGUCCGGGAGAUUCAGAGUUAUCAGGUUCCGGAGAUCUGCAGGCAGCUGGAAGACUUCAGGUCCAAGCGGGUACUGGGAAUGACCCCCGGGGAACUUGAACUGAGCGAGCUGGAAUCGUAUCGGACCAGCGACCGACACAUCCUGGAAUCCAAAGAGAAGCAGGUAGCCGAGCAGCUGCUGGCUCGGCUCGAUGAGAUGCACCCUACCAUCUCCACCGACGAGGAGAAGAGCUCUGUUAUAUUUUGCGCUGUUGUCACCUAUAUGAAGCACAUUGGCGUGAAGACCAAGGCGGCGGAUAGCAAAAAAUCCAAGAGUAUCUUUUUCAGGAAGAAGGUUUCUGCAAAGAAACAAGACGAGCCGAUAAAACCAAAGAAAACCUUUGGCAUCUUGGAUCCUAACCGCUGGAAAUCUGCCGAGUCUCACAAUGUUGACAGCAGAGCGUCAAAGCUUGAGCCCGAAGCUGAGAAGCCGGUGGUCCACGAGAGAAAAAUCAGCCACGGACAGAGGACGUUCGAUAGGAAUGACAGCAACGCAGUUAAAUCAAAAGGCACUGGGGGUGGAGGGGCAGAUGUUCCAGACUCUGGGGUAUCUGUAACCAUACACCCUCCACCCAGCGAUCCCAGUGACAGCGACACAGCAAUAACCGAUGGAUCGAGCUCUGUAGACAUUUCUGAUGUCUCGAAGGGAUCCCCUACGACCGAGCUGUGUCCGGGCGACCACCAGCAGGACGAGGGCGCUGAGAAUGAAAGACGAAAGAAAAGGUUGUCUACUAAACUGGGUCGCUCCGAGAGCCUGCGGGUUUACGAGCGCAAGCGUUCCCAGCGCGGCUCUUCCAAAGCCAAGCAGGCACGUUCUCGCAGCGAUGUUGAUCUGGAGGCCGCUGCCCGGGCCAACGACAUGCAGGUCACGACGGGCAAAUCCGGGCUGAAGCAGAGCAGUCUCACCCCGGAGCCUGGAGGGGCUUCAGAGGGUCCGCCGUCCUUUCUGCUUCCCCAGUCUGAGGAGACUGAGCCGCGCGUUACAGAGGUCGAGAGCGAACCUCCGAACUGGAGGGAUCUCGUUCCCCCUGAAACACUCCUCAGGCUGAAGAAAAGCGAAGUAAAGCGGCAGGAGGUCAUCAAUGAGCUCCUCUUCACAGAACAUGCCCAUGUUCGGAUGCUCCACGUGUUACAUGACAUCUUCUACCUCCCAAUGCAGAACCUCUGGAUUCCCAACAUGGAGCUGGAGAACAUCUUUCCCAGCCUAGACGACCUCAUUGAGGCACACGCCGUGUUCCUGGAAAACUUGAAGAGACUGCGUUUGGAGAACAACUCGAUCAUCAUGGAGAUUGGAAGCACGUUGUUACACCGGUUUGAUGGCACGGAAGGCAGCUGGUUCCAGAAGAUCUCCUCUCGGUUCUGCAGCCGACAGCCUUUUGCUCUGGAGCAACUGAAAGUCAAGCAAAAGAAAGAUCCUCGCUUUACCCAAUUCAUUCAGGAUGCAGAAAGCAAUCCUCAAUGCCGGAGGCUGCAGUUAAAGGACAUCAUCCCAAUUGAGAUGCAGAGACUAACCAAAUACCCUUUGCUACUGCAGAACAUCGCAAAUCUCACCGAGGAAGAAGAAGAAAAGCAGAGGGUGCAGAAAGCCGCCGAGUGCUGCCGGCAGAUCCUCAACCAUGUCAACCAAGAAGUGCGAGAAAUGGAGAACAAAAUGAAGCUCAGCGAUUACCAAAGACGACUGGACCUGUCCAACCUGAGGCAGAUGAGCGAUCCUCUAUUUAACGAAUUCAAGAAUAUUGAUAUCAGUAAAAAGAAUCUAAUCUAUGAGGGGCCGCUAACCUGGCGCGUGAGCAAAGACAAAGCAGUCGAUGUCCACGUCCUCCUCCUGGACGACAUGUUAAUGCUGUUACAGAAACAAGAUGAGCGGCUGGUGCUAAAGUGUCAGAGCCGGACCAUAAUGCCAACCCCGGACGGCAAGCUCAUGCUGAGUCCUAUCAUCAAGCUAAAUACAGCUAUGGCUCGCGAAGUGGCUAUAGAUAACAAAGCGUUCUUUGUGUUAUUUAAAUGGGAGGACAAAGGGCAGUUCUACGAAUUGGUGGCACCCACCGUCUCCGAAAAGAAAACCUGGUACUCCCUGAUUCGAGAGACAACGGGCUCUCUGGAGACUGCGGUAAGGCCAGCGCGCACGUCCAUCACCCCGCAGAGCCCCUCGUAUUUCAGCGAGCCAAUGAUGGGCAGCUCGGAGAACGGCAACUCCAUAAAAGAAUCUGGAACCAAGGAUGAGAAGGAAGAGUCCGUAGACGAUGUAGUCCUAGGGGGCGAGGAGAAGGUCGGCGAUGCUUCCAACCUAGCGGAACAUCUCCUGGCUCACAACAUUCCGGUGUAUAAACUGAAUCAGGACGCAACAAAUUCAGGGGGACAAAUUGCCAGCGAAGCCCUGGAAGAAGUUUCGGUGCUAAAGCGGUUGCUGGUACGGAACAUUCGCCUGAGCCUGGACGCGGAAUCCCUGUCGUAUAUAGAGCUAAACGCCGCUCGAGAUCACCCCGGAGGUGAAGAGACCGCUCAGGGGGAAAAGGCAACCAAUGGUGACCGGGAAUAUGGAGGUGAGAAUGGUGAGUGAGCGCUCCCUGGCGAAGCUGGCGCCGACGGCAGAUCUGAUGUUGGGGAGUCUUUGUGCACCCCCAUUGUGCUGUCUCAGGAGCAGUCAGAAGAAGUUAGAAGACACAUUCUACUACUGGAGCAGAGGGUCCAGCAGCUCAAGGUGAUAGAAGAGGACUACAACCAUCUGCAGAGUGCGGUCGCCAAAUUCACUGUAUCCCAUAGCAGUUUCACAUGAGACAGGCUUUAUCUGUCUCCUUGCAGUAUCGUUCUCUCGCACAACUUCCACGGGACGUCUUCCUCCCACCACGAAACCAAGAAUUCCCUGACCUGCCUACGUUCCGGGCGGUGAGGGGGAAGAGGGUGCUGUUGUAUGGGGUGAGAGAGAGAGGAAGGUAGCGUUCUGGAACUCAACGAGCUUCCAGAAUCUGAAUUCAUUAAAUUGGGGUUGACCAGUCACUUUUUGUUCAAGAAAAA